AUGGUUUGCAAAGAGGACGUGGUAUCAUGGUUUAAAGAAUUGGAAAGCUAUAAACGCAUAGACGCAAUGUGUACAUUAUUAAAUAUGUGCUUACCAUUUGAACUACGCUUUAUUGGCACGUAUCUGGAGGAACUCGGUAAGCGAGACUUUCAGGAGUUGCGUGGUGCCGAACUAAGAGCCAAUAACCCUACAGAUCUUGCUGCAGAUAUAGGAGGAGCUGAUACAGAUUCAAGAACUCGACGGAAAAUGGCUUUAUACGUUUCAUUAUUGCGGUCUUGUAAUUUUGCUUGUGCAACCACAUUGUAUAAUGCCAUGGUCAGUUUAGAACAAAGUGGCCUUUUGAAAGGCUUGUAUGGUGAUCUUCUUGAAGAGAUUCUCUUACUGUAUACUAUGGCGUUACACCAUCCAGCGUUCACAUUCGAUCAGAAGUCACAUUUUGGUGAUAUAUUAGAGAAGCUUAAGAUAGAGGAUCAAAGGAUACAGUACCAAGAGCAGCAAGAGCGUUUGAACCUAGCUCCUGUUAGUGGUUGUCAUACACAGGCUAGUAUCACUCCAAAUAUGUCAGUACCACCACCAAACUUGCCAAGCUUGGGACCACCACCGGGUAUCAUGUUUGUUAAAACAUCUAGUGUGCAGCCUCCAAGUUCUGAUGCUAUAGCCGAGCUCAGUUCCCCUCCAGUGUUGACGGGGGCUGGUGGUGUGGUUCCCAUGCUCGGGGAAGUACCGCACCCCCCUCCAGGUCUACCUAUACCGCAAUACAACAUAAAUGAAUUCAUAGGCCAGCACACUUGGCCGGCAAACAUAAUUGUUUCACCUCUCAAUCAACCGCUUGAGGUGUUAAACUUCCAGACUGCUGGAGGCGUGGCUCCUUCGUCACCGCUGGUGUCUUCUCCAGGUGACAGCCGUGCAGCGUCACCACGAAGUCGCAGGCGUCCAUCUCGUGACCGAUCACCCCCACUAGUGCCCAUCCCGCCUGAAUCUAUGCCUCAUCUCACCACAAACUUUGAGAAUCUUGCCGUAGCCGAUAUGCGACAUAACAUUGGGGAGGAAAGACUUCGUGAAAUCACACACCAUCAGUACCGGUCGUUGGAGAAAUUGAAUGGUGUGCGGAGGCGAGCCGGGGCUUACUGUCCGCCUACACGUUCGUCGUCCGACAGUGGUUCCAGCAACGGGUCUUCACCUCCGAGCACACCGGCAGCACCGCGACGUGUGACGCCGUCUGCGCCGCCGCCUGUACCUUACCUACCUUACCCUCGCCCGUACCCUUACCCCACCCCUCCUCCCGCCUACCGCCCUCCCCCACCGCCAUUUGCGAACGGGGAACCCCCGCCAUAUCCCGCACCGGCUCCAUACGCCGGUUACAUGCCUGUGUUGUACGCACCACCCAAGCUAUCAUGUUGGAAUUGCGGCGCAUCUGGGCACGCUGGACAUGAAUGCAAGGAGCCUAGCCUCGAAGAGAUGACGCGGGCUGGCGGAUAUCAGCUCGACUUCGGCGGGGCUCCACCACCUGAGGCGGGGGAUAAAUAA